CAAUCAUAGGUGAUCAAUAAACUUGUUGUUGUACCAGCUAGUUAUAUAUAUAGCUCCUGCAAUGCAAGUACAGACAGUUAUUAUCAGCAUCCAGCUGUUUAGUCUUGCUACAGCCACUUUAAUAUCCACCCCCCCUGUGUCCUGUCCUGAUGACACUGUCACUUUCACCUGCACUCUGCCUGGUAUCUUCAUACGGUGGACGGCUACUGAUACACAAGGCCUAGUAUCUUUGUUCAGUAUCACAUUGAGUUCCAGCAACACUGAUGAGACACAAGGUAACCCAGCAUUCCGAGGUGUUCUCACUGACUCCAGUGGACCUCUCACUGCCACUCUCACCUCACUGUCUGAGUCCUCCAUUGUAGAAGGUACUACAGUGGAGUGUGUGGGAGACAACUCACGAGAGGGUCCUCUCACUAUCACUGUGGCUGAUCCACCCUCUCCUCCACUCAACCUAAUAGUGUCCUCCAUUCUAAAUCAACCCAGCUCCUCUAAUAUCACUCUGGAGUGGGACCCUCCCUCCUCUACUGGUGGUGUGUCUGUCAGGUAUGUCCUCGUUAUCUCCCCAACACCUCUCUCCGGGUCACCAGUAACCGUGGAUAUCACCUCGGUACAGAUAACUGUCUCCUACAACACACCCUACAAUGUGUCUAUCAGAGCUGUCAACUGUGUUGGAACAGAUGAAAGUUCAAUUGUGGAUUUGAUUGUGUGCCCCACACCGUCUACUGCUGCUAUGGUGACCAUCACCAACACACCUCCUGUUACAAUUGGUGGAUCCAUGCUCACCUUCACUUGCAGUGGAGACAAUGAAGUGAGAACCUCAACCUGUGGCAGUAGUGGAUGGUCUCCUGACCCUGGGACCUUUGACUGCAGCAGUCCGAUUACAGAUCCCCCAGUCACCUGUGGCUCUCCUGAUGCACCAUCUAGAGGUAGUGUGGGCAUCAGUGGUGGGACACCACCCUUCUCACUGGGUUCAGAGGUCACCUAUCGCUGUGACGAGGGAUUGUUCCCCUUUGAUGUGAGGACCAGCACAUGCACUGAUGUGGGGAGUAUGGGAGAGUGGGUGGAGAAUCCUGGGAGCUUGAUGUGCAGGGAGAGACCAGUCAACUGCACUGUACCUGUUGAGCCCUGCAACGGUGCUAUAGUGGACCAUGAGAGGUUGAACGAGACAGUGUUGGAGGGAACAGUGCUGACUUACCAGUGUGACAAUGGACUCUCAUUGACUGGACCCAACACCAUUACUUGCACUAAUGCUGGAGUGUGGAGCACUGAGCCUGAGGCAAUCAUGUGUGUGCCACCAACUGAAGUUUCUACUGUCGCUUCCUUGUCCACUUCUGCAACUGUCGCUAUCAGUGUAGUCAUCACUUUCAUUGUCACUCUAGUCAUUGGGUUCCUCACUGGAUUGCUGGCGAUGCAUCUUUUCUCUCGUAAGAAGGCAGUGUACUUCCCGGCAACUGAAGGACAAUCUAAUGUAGGACCCACUGCACCAGCUGGUCCUGUUUAUGAGGAGGUGUCACCUAAAGAGGAGAUUGAACUCAACACAAACCAAGCAUACGGACCAGUAGGACUGUGAAACUCAUUCACUUUAAUAUUCAACGAGUUAUAAUUAAUUGUGAUCAUUCUGGCAUUUCAUUUGUUCUACAGACUAUCAUGAUAGAGGCUAUAGUGUUUUACCCUUCGUAUAUUAUAAUUAUAUAACUAUACGUAGAGAUUGUCUCAAUAUAAUAAUUUAUAUUGCAUUCCCUAAUACAGGCAGGAGGUUAUUUUUUGCUGUAAAUUUGUCAUUAUUAUAACGUGGUGUUUUUGACUUCCUCAAUCAGAAAUAGAAUA